UUACUGCGUUCAAAACAAGGCAGUCCAAGCAUACUAUAGAGUUAUAGACCGUAGCAGGUGCGCACGGAGCUUUUCACAACACAGUCUUGAUACCACGUACCGUAGCACGCACAAGUCAUGGCUGCCGGCGGGGGUGCCGACCAAGGGAGCAAUGCUGCGACUUUUCCCAUGCCAGCAGUGGCGCUGAGCUCCGGUGGGAAGCCGAUGCCGCGGGUGGGCUUCGGCACGGCGACGGCCACGCUCGGCCAAGCCGAGGGCCGCGCCGGCGUGACGGAGGCCAUCCUCCGCGCCCUCGACGCCGGGUACCGCCACUUGGACACCGCCGCAGUGUACAACACGGAGGCCUCGCUCGGCGACGCCGUGGCUGAGGCCGUGCGUGCUGGGACCGUCGCUUCCCGGGACGACCUCUACGUCACGUCCAAGCUCUGGAUGACCGACGCGCACCCCGGCCGUGUCCUGCCGGCGCUCCACAAGACACUUCAGAAUCUGCAGACGGAGUAUGUGGACCUGUACCUGAUUCACCACCCGGUGAGCAUGCAGCCGCCGGACGAGGCUCGAGGAGGAGAAGGGCCGGCGGUGGUGGCGAAGAAAGGCCUUGUGGCGUUGGACAUGGAGGGUGUGUGGGAGGAGAUGGAGGAGUGCCACAGGCGAGGCCUGGCCAGGGCCAUCGGCGUCAGCAACUUCAGCUGCAAGAAGCUAGAGUACCUGCUCUCCUUCGCCAAGAUCCCUCCGGCUGUUAACCAGGUGGAGGUGAACCCAUGUUGCCGGCAGGAGAAGCUCAGGCAGUUCUGCAGGACUAAAGGUAUCCAGCUAUGCGGCUACUCUGCCAUGGGUGCCAGCGGCACGGCAUGGGCAAACAACUCCGUCCUGGAGUCCCCUGUCCUCAAACAAAUCGCCCAGGAUAGGGGCAAAACCGUUGCCCAGGUGUGCAUUAGGUGGGUCUACGAGCAGGGUGACUGCGUGAUCGUCAAGAGCUUUAACCCGAGCAGGAUGCGGGAGAACCUUGGCAUCUUCGACUGGGAGCUCACUGACGACGACCGCCGCAAGAUUAGCGAGCUCCCAGAGUCCAGGGGCAACUACGAUUUCUUGGUACAUGAGUCUGGGCCAUACAAAACAGUAGAGGAGUUGUGGGAUGGUGAGAUCACAGCCGGCCAAUCUAACGAAACGCCGCUCGUCUCCUACGACUGAUGAUAGUGCUUUAUUUGUGAUUUCCUUGGUCAUGGAGGCGGGGAUUGUAUCAGGUCUUUCUCUUUGUCAAGACAGAAAUGGUCAAUAUAAGUUAUGGAGAUGUGAAUUUACACAAGCAAAACCUCACUUAUCCGCGCUGACCUUCAAACGGGCUUCCAUAUCUCACACUACUACAGUCAGGUACAGCAGGGGCGGCUAAAUAAGCUUUGUAAGGGCGGCUGGCCCAGCCGUCCUUAUGCAAACGCUCUUACUGUAAGGACGGUUCAACACCAGCCGCCCUUACAGUGGGCCACUGUAAGGGCGGUUGGAAACAACGACCGCCCUUACUAGUGACCACUGUAAGAGCGGCUGGUGCUUCCAGCCGCCCUUAUAGUGAACAUUAGUAAGGGCGGCUUGUGUCUCAGCCGCCCUUAAGUUUUUCACGUAGUGUCAGCAGGAAAGUCCUUUAAUCAAGAUACGGAAACACUUAGACAAUGAUGUAAUGCUACAAAGCCUGCAACUUGCUUGUAAGACUUGAUGCUGAUGUUGAUGUUGAUGUUGUGAUGUACUGCUACCCUUAACGAUUAAACUUCUUCUAUACCUAUACAUAUGUAAUUGCGUAAUUGUGGAUGUUGAGAAAUUGUAUUUAUUUUA